CAAGUCCGGAUAGGUUUUGGAGAACCUGAUUCUAAGACUCCAGAAAGAUGUCUUAUCAGCAGCAGCAGUGCAAGCAGCCCUGCCAGCCACCUCCAGUAGUGUGCACUCCCAAGUGCCCUGAGCCUUGCCCACCUCCAAAGUGCCCUGAGCCUUGCCCACCUCCAAAGUGCCCUGAGCCUUGCCCACCUCCAAAGUGCCCUGAGCCAUGCCCACCUCCUCAGUGCCAGCAGAAAUGUCCUCCUGUGCCACCUCCCCAACAAUGCCAGCAGAAGUGCCCACCCAAAAGCAAGUAGAAGCAUCAGCUUGCAUCUGGAUCAGGAAAGGAUGAGGACAACUGACUCACCUGGCUCCACAGCUCCGCCUUCA